GCGAGACUUGAAAAAAUGAAAACACGGAAAUGGGUGUGUGAAAUUCCUUCAAUAUUUGUGGUUAUAUUAGUUUUUCAACAUGAUUAAAUAAGCUUUGACGAGUAAAUCCUUUGAAGAGUGACUUAAAUCUGCAACUGUCACGCCAUCAAGACAGUAUAUAGUGACAGCAACCAGUAGGCUGUAACGUGUUAGAACACCUCUCUUCAGCAAGGGGACUUAAGCCUGGUUGAGCAGUAUGUUUGGUUUGGUGAAUCUGACGCGGACUCAGCGACUUGUACUUGGGAUCUUUGUACUUCUAGUGGUAGAUCUAAUAUGGGUGGCAUCGUCUGAGCUGACUGAGUACAUCUUCAAGGACGAACAUUAUGACAAACCAUACUUCAGUACAUUCCUAAAGACGUCAAUGUUUGUAGUGUUCUUGCUAGGAUUCUUGUUUUGGAGACCAUGGAUACAACAAUGUCGCAAGGCACACCUGAAUGGAUCAGACAGUGAUGACAAAAUAGAGACUGAAAAAUUAUUGAGUGACCCCAUGUAUGUACCUACUGCAUUUGAUGAUAAAAGCAGCGGAAAUGAAUCUGAUGAUAUCACAAAUAACUUGGGGAAGACCAGAUCAGUCAGAUUCAGCCAACUGUCUGAGGUCAGGCAAUUAUCAGAUGUGCAAGCAGACGCAAUGAUCCAAGCCAGACUGUCAUACAGCGCCACUAUGAGGUCAGAGGAGUUAAAACAACGAAUGGCAAGUCGUCUAACCAUCAAACAAGUCGCAAAAUUAAGUGCCAUAUUUUGCUUUAUUUGGUAUGGUGCUAAUCUGGCAUAUCAGGAAGCCCUUAAAGAUACAGAGGCAGGAAUUGUGAAUGUCUUAUCCUCCACAUCUGGCCUGUUCACUCUGGUCCUAGCAGCUUUGUUCCCCAGUGCAGCAUCAGAUAAAGUCACACUCUCCAAGUUUGUAGCAGUACUACUAAGUAUUGGAGGAGUGGUUCUAGUCAGUAUUUCGGAUCUAAACCUAGAGAAAGACGUAGAAAUCCCUAUAGGGGCACUAUGGGCGCUCUGCGGGGCCUUCUUAUAUGCAGUAUACCUAGUACUCAUCAAAAGAAAGGUAGACAAUGAAGACAAACUAGAUAUCCCUAUGUUUUUUGGAUUUGUCGGGUUUUUCAACAUUUUAUUAUUAUGGCCGGGAUUCUUCAUCUUACACUAUUCAGGAGCAGAGGAAUUCCAGUUACCAAAUAAGGAACAAUGGAUGUAUAUGGCACUGAAUGGAAUCAUCGGGACCACUUUAUCAGAGUUACUUUGGUUGUGGGGGUGUUUUCUGACAUCAUCUCUCUUAGCAACAAUGUCCCUGAGCUUAACCAUUCCUCUCACUAUGUUGGCUGAUGUUGUCUUCAAGGGAGUUACAUACUCAUGGAUGUUCUAUGUCGGCAGUGUUCCGAUUUUUAUUGCAUUUUUCGCUGUCAGUUUGAUGUCUCACUAUGAGAGUUGGGAUCCUGUAUUAGUACUCAUCAAAAAAAUAGUUCAUGGUGUCUGCCGUCUUGUAAUGAUACCUACAAGGUUCAGAGAAAGGACAGAUAUAGACAGAGAACAAUCUGAAAGUUUAAUAGGAAUCAACACUGAUUCAUAGCAUAGGCUUAAAUACACACUCUUACACCAUCCAUGUGCCACUUUAUAUCACACUAUACAAUGAAGCACAUCGGCACAGUCUCAUAUCUGUUAACUCCUAUCAGUCUACCAUCCAGUUGAAAAAUAGCUGACCUCAGGUGCAAAUCUAGUGAAUUGGUCCAUGCAGAAUGCUAAGAGUUAAGAAAUAAUGUCUGAAUGGAAAUAGGCUAGGGGCAUAGCCAGGUCCUUAAAAUAGGCGAGGCAAAUAGCAAAUUUAAAUAGGAGAGGCAAAUUUAAAUAGGAGAGGC